UUGCUUGUGCACUGCAUUGAAAAAUGGCGACUGCAAUGAAGUACAUUUGCUUGUUUAUGUUUCUUGCAAUUCUCAGCAUUGCUGGGCUCAAUCAAGUUGACGGGGCUGGUGAAUGUGGGAAAAACACCACUCCUGACAUGGAGGCUUUCAAGAUGGCUCCUUGUGCAUCAGCAGCACAGGAUGAGAAUUCUUCAGUUUCGAGCCAGUGCUGCGCUCGUGUGAAGAAAAUUGGACAGAACCCAGCGUGCCUUUGUGCUGUCAUGCUUUCCAACACUGCUAAGAGCUCCGGAAUCAAGCCAGAAAUUGCAAUGACCAUUCCCAAACGAUGCAACAUUGCUGAUCGUCCCGUGGGCUACAAGUGUGGAGCUUAUACCUUACCUUGAAGAGUGAAGACCAUGAACUGUGCUCGCCCUGUAAAGUACUUCCUAUCAACCUGCUGGAGUUCACAUCAUUGUUGCUAGUUCUUCUAGCUAACAAAUGUAGUGUAACAUCCAGACAUCUGAAUAAUAAAUAACUAUUGAUGCUUAAUC